AUGUUAGGUGAACCAUUAUCAAAAGCUUUCUAUCCAACUCCUUGUAACGAUUCAACAAUGAUCGGUAUCUAUUGCAAUGUUUCUAAUAGUUUAUGUGCCAUGACUGAACCAUGUCAAAAUAAUGGAUCAUGUAUAGAUGAUCAGACUAAAAAAUUUGGUUACUAUUGUUUAUGUCCAUCUGAUUUUAAUGGUGCUGAUUGUGAAUUUGAUGAUCGACCUUAUAAAUCAGAUACUUGUUUCGGUCGUGGUAUUUAUAAUCAAACAUCAAAUUCAACAUUUUAUUGUAUAUGUAAUGAUGGUUGGCAGGGCAUACAUUGUGAAUCAAUGAUAAAUUUUUGUGAUAAUAUAACAUGUGAAAACAAUGGUGUUUGUCGACCAUUAUUAUUAAAUUAUACAUGUGAAUGUCUUGGUGAUAGCUAUUAUGGUCGUCAUUGUGAAGGAGUAUCCACGAAAAUUAUUAUUUAUAAAAUUGUCUCGACGUCAUUUACUUAUCUUGGAAUACUUGUUAUAAUAAGUUUUGCUAUGUUUAUUGUUAUAAUGGAUAUAUUGAAAUAUUGUUUUGAUAUUGAUCCUACGCGUGAAGAAUUAGAAAAAAUUAGACGAAGAAAAAAUCACGAGAAAAAACGAAAAUUUCAUGUAGUCUAA